AUGGCAGCCCCAGAGCAUCACCUGGAGAAUGGAGGAUACGUUCGUCAUCCAACGAUUUGCAAAGGAAGGCUCGCAUUCGUGGUGGAAGAAGACAUUUGGUUGACAGAGUACUGUGCCAAGGGGACGCAAGGACCCAAGCAUCCGAGACGCAUGACAAACUUCGGAAGGGCUGCGCACCCGUUGUUUUCACCUUCGGCGGACUACAUUGCCUUUACCGAUUCCUCCGACCUAUGGGUUCUGACCGUCAAAGACGGAAGAUGCAGGCGCCUGACAUGGUUUGCCAUGGGCGACUUGUGGCCGGCUGCAUGGAAAACGGAGCAGGAGAUUGCCUUCACAAGCACUUGUGAGGAUCCUUUCGACCGGUCAAUUCUCUAUACGGUCUCCACGGACGGCACUGGUCUCAGCACUCGGCAAAAGGAACCGUUUGGCGAGCCUAACUUUGACUCGGUCCCGCUGCGCAUGAGCCAAACUGGUGCUUCACGACUGGAGUUGCUGGUUCAGGCUCUAUCGGCCCGGCUGGAUCUGGUGGAGCAGGACAACCGUGAUCUACGAGAACGAGUGACCCGACUGGAGGCUGAGGGUUACGUUUUGGUCAACGACCGAGCGGACACGCCCCCUGGGCCCUCAGGAGGUGACCCGGCCUCUACCUCUUCUUCUUCGCUGGCGCCUUCGGUGGCCCUCGCUUCUACCUCUUCCCCGCCUUCGAGCUCUUCGGUGCCUCUCUCGGACGCCUUCCGGCAACAGGUUGCGGACGAGAUCGGGGCUUACCUCCAGCGCUGCCUUGCGGGCAACAACCGGGGCGGCAGUGGACGUGAGAAGGUCAACUUGGCAAACCGGAUCUACGUGAUCGCCCGGGACGCGACCGGGAAGCUCUACGAUCCCGUCUGUGUGCGGUACGCCUGGCGGGACACCCAGCCUCUUGUUACUGUGGGCCCCGGUCCUGGGAAACAGUUCGGUGACAGUGUCUUUGUGGGGUUCCCGAGCAAGUGGGAGGCAAAGAGGGCAGAGGAGGCGCGAGAAGGCGAGCCGGGGUUGGACCUGCGCCGGCACGCCUUAGCUACACUUACAGGUCCCGACCUCGCCUACGGCUUGCUGGCGGUGCGGAGCACGGUGGCUGAAGCCCCUCCUUGGGUUGCCUUGGUGGUGAUUGGUGAGAGCGAGGCGGGAGGACUGAUCGUGGCCCUCCCCGGCAGAGCUUGGCAUCGGACCCAGUCUCGGCGCCUGGUGCCGACCAGCAGCUUCCAACUUCCUCGCGGCAGUCAGGUGCGUGUGGUGGUGCCAGAGGAGCGGGGAGAGCCCUUAGAAGAGCUCUCCGUGAAGAUCUGGAUCGGCCGCCUCAGCUCGGACUGGGCCCGCUACGUGGAGAUCGUCGAGGUGGGCACGGCGGACCUGGAGUUGGGCGUCACCUUUGGGGAGUCCCUCGAGGCAGAGCACGCCGACUGCAUACCCUUUGCCCCUGACGUCGUGGAGGCGGCGGGCGACCGGAUUGCGUACCAGACGGCCGAGGAGGAACCCGACGGCAGGCCGGCCGCAAGCAGCGAGCCUCCCACAUGGGCCACGCGGGUGGAGGAGCUCGAGCGUGGCAUGGGCGAUGUUCGCCGAGGCAUCCGGGAGAUCUUGGGCAAGCUUGGAAAGCCGGACGGGGAAGCCACAGCCAAGUCGGCGGCUCCUCGACCUUCGGCGCUUCGCAAGCCAGCAGCGCCUGCGACACGGCCGGGGGUCGCCGGACUCGACCCUGCUGUGGUGCAGGCCGCCCGGGCCGCGGGCGUCCCCGAGAGCCACCUGGAGGAGAUGGCGAAGGUAGUCUCCCAGAGCAAGACCCGUCUGAGGGACCCGACACCUGCCGCCAAGGCUGCUCCUUUGCUUCCCGAGGCGGGCGCCGGACCGCUGGACGAGACCGAGGAGGAGGACGAUGUGGAGGAAACUUUACCCCCUCCGCCUGGAGGCGACCAGGUCGCCACGGCCAUUGCGAAGCUGACGGUCAUUGCCGAGAACCUCACCGCCUCGAAGCGACGAGCCGCUACUUUGGAGGGCUUGCUGGAAGGAGGAGGUGGCCCCGAAGGGUCUGGGUCUGCCGCGGCUGGCCGUCGCAACGCAGCGGCUUUGAAGGUCCUUCGCCGAGCCUUGGUGGACCACCCCCGGGAGCUUGCGGACAACAUGCUCGAGCGCAUGGGCGCCGACUUUGGGUUGGCAAGGACUGUUCCGGGAGCCGACAGGGUGCCCAUCACAGCGAGGGCCUGGGUGGAGAGCAGGGCCCGCAUCCAGCAGCAGUUCCCGACGACUGUGCGGAUGGCUUGGAUCCUGUCGGGCGUUGUCGACGCGCUCGCCCGUGGCGACACCGACGAGGGCUUGGCUCGCUCCCUGGUGGGCUUAGCUGCCAUAGAGCAGCUCAGCUUGGACAGAGGCAGCUGGACGUUGGCCGAGCCCAUGUUGUUGGAGGAGCCCGCCCCACUCAGCAGCUUUCACGGGCGGCAGAUGCCGACGGGCAGCGAGCAACCUUUUACCCGCCUGCUGGACGCCCGCUCCAUCGAGCUCCUGGUGUAUCAGGUGAAGGAGGUGGACGACUAUCUGGAGAGGCGGCGACGCCUGGGCUCUCGACGCGGUGCCCCCCCGCCUUCGCAGGAGGACGACCCGGAGGACGAGGACAAGGGGGCGGCCGAAGAAGCUCGAGCCGCACCGGGCGUGGAGCGCCUGAUGAAUUCGUUAGCGCUGGAGAAGCUCCUCCCCGAGUCCCUGGAGCAGAGCGUUCGGCGGCGAACCUCGCGCCUUCGAGCUGCAGAGCGGCAUGCUGUGAAUUUGGUGGUGGCUGUGCUGUCUUGGCUGGCUUUGGAUUGCCCGGCGGCCGGCCCAGCUUGGAUCACUUUGGGGCAGCCGCUCUCCGGUGAGCAGCGUGGGGCAGUUCGCCGUUUGGAGGGUUCUGUCCGAGUUUUGGUUCGCCAGCCUCUGGUGGGCCCCCCUGAGAUGGGCCGGGUGGCGGCUAAGGUGGAGGCGGUCGAGCAGCAACUUGGCAGGCUGGAGACGAUAGCCCGGCGCUUGGGGCGGAUAAGCGGCCACUACUUGAGUGCCCCGGACGAUAUUGACUACGAUUCGCCGCUGCCGGCGGGGUCUGGCCCCUCCCUGCGCUCUUCUUCCUCAGGGCGGCCCUUAAGUGGGACCGCCUCUUGCGGGUGGGGGCCGGGCUCUGCUGAGGCAGUGGCGUCUACUACCACGACGGGGCCCGAGCCUUUGAAAGGCCAUUCGCCGGCACCCGCCGCCUUCUUUCUAGAGGACCCGGCUGCCGAGCAUGCUGUGUGCCUUCGCCUUGGGUUGGAGGCCGAGACGGUUGCUAAGCCACUGGAGAGCGGUCGGCUGAAGCUCACGGGCCGUCCGGUUUUCGACCCGACCCCUCACCUGGACCCCGAGGCCUGCUCGCACUACCGGGACCCGGCCGCGUGGAUGAAGGACCCCGAGACUUUGACAGAGGCGCUUCCCCAGCCGAAGUUCAAGGCUACGCGUGUUGAGCGGCUCCGUGUGCUCAAGAUGCUGGACGACACUGACCGGCUCCGCUUUGUGCCGGCGAGUUGGGUGGAUCCCCGCUUCACCAGCGGCCUCUUCGCGAUAAUCAAGGACCAGGACCGGGACAGAAUGAUAAUGGAUUGUCGCUGUCCCAAUGUCUUGGAGAGCCCGACGGGGAGGUGGAUUCGUACGAUGGCCACCGCCGCCUCGCUACUCACCCUGGCCUUGGACCCGGACGAGGAGCUGGUGAUGGCCGGAGAGGACCUGAAGGAUUAUUAUUAUUUUUUCCAGACGCCUCCCGCCCGGCUGCUCCGCAACAUCGUGGUGGGAAAGCUCCCUCGUGACGUUGCCGCCACCUAUGCCGGCUUUGGCCACGCUGAGGACGGUCAUGCUUUCUACUACGCGGCGCUGAACACUCUCCCCAUGGGGGACUUGAACGCCGUCAGCUACGGCCAAACAGCACAUGUUUCUCUGCUGUUGACCCACACCAACGUGCAGCUGGCCGAGCUGCUCACCUUGGACAGCCGCCCGCCACGUGGCAAAUUUGCCACGGGGAUAUGCAUAGAUGACUUUGUGUGCCUGGAGCGGCGGCUUAAAGGUGGCGGGCUUCCUAAGAGGACCACCCGGGUUAUGCAAGGGAUGCGCCGUGGCUAUGUGCAGGCCGGCUUGGAGCGGAGCGAGAAGAAGGCCUUUGAGGGUGUCACCAAGGCAAGCUUUUGGGGCGCGGCCGUCGACGGUGAAAGCGGAGAUGUUCGAGCCCUACCGUCGCGGGCUUUGCCUGUGAUGGGCUAUGUCCUGGAGAUCGCCCGGCUGGGGCUUUCGACUCGGGCCCUCCUUGACUUGGUGGCGGGCAGCCUGGUUGCGAUCUUUUCGUUCCGGCGGCGGCUGCUUAGCAUGCUGAACCUGGUCUACUCCGAGGGCCGCGGCCUCCCGAGAGACAUGGUGUUCUCUCUGAGCCCUGGCCUGCGAGACGAGCUCAUGACCUCGGCCAUCCUCAUCUGCACCGCGGCCACAAACCUUCGAGCCCGACCUUCCCCAGUGCUGGUUGCUACGGACGCGUCUUUGGAAUGGGAGGCCGGGGUCGAGACCGAGCUUGGCCCGGUGCUUUCGCGUGAAGUUGCCCGGCAUGCUUUGAUCAAGCCUCUUUGGAACCGGCUGCUGCGGCCAGGAGCGGCGCGCGAACGAGCCGUUGGGACCCUGCCGGUCUCCGAGGAGCUGCCUCAGGACGAAGUCAAGGCGCACCCCCUUUGGUCGAAACUGGCCCGAGCUUUACAGUAUGGUGGUGCUUGGCGACGGCCCUGCCGGCUGGGACGGCAUAUCAACAUUUCGGAGGUGCGGGCGGGGCUGCAGGCCGAGCUCAGACACGCGAGGCGGCGGCCCAAAAGUCGGCUGAACUUGGCCAUGGAUUCGCAGGUCGCUCUGGGGGCUGUGGGCAAGGGCCGAUCGAGCAGCGCAGCCAUCAACCGGGAGCUCCGACGCAGCCUUCCGGCUCACCUUGGCUACGAGAGCUACCUCGACUUGAUGUACUUCGCCUCGGCUGAAAACCCGGCCGACGACGGCACUCGCAACGUACCCCUUCGCGAGCCGAGCGAGAAGCUCCCUGGAUGGUGGCCCUCGGCAGUGCAGGGGGACUUCGCUGAGCUGGACCGUUGGCUGUCAGAGCGGGGCGCUUUGCCUCAGGAUGCAUUGGAGCUGCCCCCGCUGCAAGAGCUGGGCGUGAUCCGUGACAGGGUUGCUUCUCGAAGAGAGGCCCGGCAGAGCUGGUGGCAGCAGCCGGCUGGGCGACGCAUGCGCGGGUCACCUCUGCAGCUAUGGCGGACUACUGGCGAAGCCGCUCUUCCCGGGCAUGUACAAGAUCUUCUGCGGGCCUUCCCCGAGCGGCAGUUCCUCACGGCCGGCGGCAACAGGCCGGACUUGAGCGAGAAGGGCUUCCUGGACCUCUACAGCGGCUCCUUCGGCGCUGCUCGCUCCUUGGCGCGGCGGUCCGGCUGCUGGGUCCUCACUUUUGAGCUGCGCCGCGACGCGUCUGAAGACUUACUGGAACCCUCGUGCCAGGCCCGGAUUCUUCGGCUGAUUGCGGAGGGGGCCUUCUACUGUGUCGGAGGCGGCCCGGUCUGCUCUAGCAUGAGCCGGGCGAUUAGGCCGCCGGUGCGUUCCCGAGAGUGCCCUUCUGGACUGCCCGACUGCCGGCCGGCCAUGCGAGAAAGGGUUCAGGCGGGCAACCGCCAUGCCGCCUUUGCGGCCGCGGUUGUGCGAGAAGCAGCUUGCGUCGGCACCGACUUCUGGAUUGAGAACCCGGCGGCUUCCUUUCUUUGGCUGCAACCGGAAUGGCGGGAGCUCGUCGAAGGGGCGGCCCGUCCGGGCGACUACUUUCUGGUAGACCUUUGUCGUUGCGGCUGCUCUUGGCGCAAGCGAACCCGGAUCUACACCUCGACGGCCCUUCGCGGGCAACGGCUUUUGUGCACUUGUUCGGGCCGCCACCAGCGUCUCAGUGGCUAUUGCAAGGAGCGGCGGCAGAUGUGGACAAAGGUUGCAGAGAGCUACCCUCGGCCGUUGAACGGACUUCUGGCUGCGGCGGCAACUGAGACUAUGCGGCCCAAUGGCGACCGGCGACAUGUCAGUGCUGGUGACAUUUGCCGCUGCGGCUCGCUACGAAUCGGUGAAGCAGACCACCCCGGCCCGGCGGAGCAGAGCUUGGAGGACGUACAGCUGGUCAGUGCCCGCACCCAGGAGCUUCAAGCCCGACUCUUGGCUGACUUCAGGGUGUGGUUGGCUUCCCAGUUCUCCCGCCCGGCUCGGGUAAGCUUAGAGGGAUGCGCCAUGGCAUUCUGUGCUGUCUUGCGUGCCUACGGGAACUACUUGUUCCAGUCUGGACAGCCCCUCUAUAAGUGGCGGCACAUCUGCGCCUACUAUCAAAAGGAGCGGCUGGCCUUGCGACCAUAUAUGCCUAUGUGCUGGGACCUGACAACAAGGUGGGAAAGGCUGUGCCCGACGGCACACCGGACUCCAGUGCCUUUUGCUCUGGCUCGGGCUGUGAUUUCACUUGCUCUGGCCCUGGGCUGGGCUCGCUUUGCGGCUGUGGUUGGCCUUUCGUUCUUCGGCACGGCUCGAGUUGGUGAGCCUCUCCGGGCCCAUCGCGGCGCUAUCCUUCUCCCGAGCGACUUGUUGCUGGACGAGCUGCCGACCUGCUACGUAAGGGUCGAGGCCCCGAAGACGAUCCAUCGUGGAACAGGCCGAGUGCAGCACUUUGUGGUGAAAGAGCCCUCCUUUGUGAAGUUUCUGGAGCGCCUUCUGGCCGGCCACACCCUCGGCGAGAGGCUGUUCCCGGCUUCCGCUUCAACGUUCAGGCGGCGCUGGGACCACAUCCUCGACAAGCUUGGAAUCCCGGCGGUUGUCAAACUGACGCCGGGGGGCCUUCGUGGCGGGGGUGCAGUUUACCUGUACCAACGUGGCACCCCGCUGGCGGACCUGCUUUGGCGCAUGCGCCUGCGCUCUCAGGCAACGCUCGAAAGCUAUCUCCAGGAGGUGGCAGCAGUCAGCGUCCUGCCAGCGCUGACUGCUACCACCCGCCAACGGAUAGCUGCGGCCGCUGCGGUUUGUGACGUUCAGCUUGAGCUUUUCCGGCCUAGCUUCUCUGGUGGCACGGCGGCAGUUACAGGGGAAAGAGCUGACGAGAUCCUUUUGAAAGCUACCGUGGCCCUUUUUAAUGUUUGCCUAGAAGGCUUCUCUGGUGGCACGGCGGCAGUUACAGGCGGCGAGCCAAAGAAGCUUUUCGAAGGAGAGUACGACGCAAUAGCGUUUGGUCCAGCUGGUGGCAUCUUGGUGGGCCGACACACCAAGGACACACCACGUACCCUUUGGAAGGGCUAUCGUGGCGGUCAGCAUGGCUUCUUAUGGAUCGACGUCGGUUGCGGAGUCUUCGGGCAAGUUGAAAUUAAAGAUGCUCGCGGUGAGGCUUGCCUCAAUAUCAGUUAUGUGACUUGGCAGCACGAUCGAUUGUUUUUUAUUGCAGAUCCAGAUGGGUCGGGCAACGUCUGGAGCACGGGCUUGGAUGGCCGGGAUCUGCAAAAACACACCUGUCAUCAUUUCUUCGAUGUGAGAUGCUUGCGGGGUGAUCUAGCAGAUGAUUUGGUGUACACUAUAGGCGGAGAGCUGUGGCACUUUAACCUGUCUACAUCAACGGCAGAACGCAUUUGGCUAGAUUUUGGCCACUGCCACGCAAAUCUCCCCAGGGGCCUGGAGGCUUCAGCAUGGAUUGAUUCUGUCGUGCUGCAUCCAGCUGGGCAUACAGUCUCCUGUCUAUGCAGGGGCAGUGUCCAUGAAAUGGCUUUGUGGGAGGGGCCCGUGGUGCAGCUCCUGCAGCAACAGCACGACGUAGAAGGCAAAAAGGGCCUGGAAGAUGCAGAUUCCUCCCGGCCUCGGACAUCCACGCACUGUGCCGUGCGUUGCGUAGCGAUGGAGUACCUUUUCAGUGGUCGGCUUCUCACAGUGACAGAGGCUCAUUUGGACGACGGCAUCACUUGUGAGCAUUGGGCCUUUGUCCUUCACCCUCCUCCAUGCCGUCCACCCGACCGUGCGAGCGCCGAUGCGGCGGCAAUGUCGCCAGUAGAGAUCUUGCAUGGUUUCCUGGUCGAUCUCGGGAGUGCUGCACAAAAGUUCACUUGCUGCGAGAUUCAGGGACAGAUCCAGAGCAUGACUGCGUCUCCAGCGCACGAUGCAAUAGUGAUAAUCACUUCUCGGAACCAGAUGUGGGUCAUGGAGCUUCUCAGUGAUGGGCAGAAGCCUUCUCCGGAGGACCCUUGCGCGAAGCUGGAUGCGCUCAUCACUGCAGAGACACGGCUGCUGGACUCUAGUGAUUGGGAGGAAGGAAUUUCAGAUCCCUGUUGGUCGCCGGAUGGUGCAUGGAUAUGUUAUUGCCGGAGGUGCUUUGCUCAUGGUUCGUCUGUUGUGCUGAUCAAUGUAGAGACCUCAGCCCAGACAGUGGUGGCAGAUGCUACAUUCUCGAACAGGUGUCCUGCAUUUCAUCCGGAGGGCCUCUACCUAGCUUUUCUUUCCGCACGACAUUUCGCUCCGCUUGAAGAUGCAGUCACUGCUGAUUUGACUUUUGCAUCUGGCACAGAACUCCCUUUCCUGGUGCUUCUGACAAGUGACACACCAAACCCCUUCGAGCGAAUGCUGGCCUCACCCGCAAAAUUGGAUGAGGAAGCCGACCCCCCGACCGAUACAGAUUCGGCUUCGGAAACCCUUGAGGAGCCGCUGCAAGUACGGAUUGAUGUGGCAAACAUCCAGACCAGAGUUCUGCAGUUGCCGGUGGAGCCAGGUAACUACACUACUUGCAUGUGGACAGCAGCCGGCCAGUUGUUAUACUUGAGAGAGAAGCCCUUUGCAUCAAACCCAUACGUUGUGGAGGACGAGGAUGAGCCACAGGCCAAGAACACGUUGUUCGUUUUUGACCUGGACAAGUCAAAGGAAGUUCAGCUUUGGGACAAUGUGACGAGUAUCAGCACAAGCUUAGACUGCGAGAACGUUCUGCUGUGCGCUCAAGACGAAGAGGAUGCAUAUUUUGUGGUGAAGGCAGGCGCUGGAUUGCCGGAGGAGGAUGUGGACAUGUCAAAACCAGGUCCCGAAUCUGGCAUGCUUGACUUCGACCGGCUUUCCAUCCAGGUGGUUGACAUAGAGGAGUGGCGAUCGAUGUUUCGCACCGUAAGCUGUUUUGUUUCAGAGCAGUUGUUCGAUGAGCAAUGCGGGGGAAUAGACUGGAAAGACACGUGCAACAGGUAUUGGGCAAUACUCCCGCGCAUCCGGAGCAGUGUUGAGUUCGAGGACUUGUGUGGCGAGAUGCUGUCCGAGCUGGGAUUGAGCCAUGUCAGCUUCACGCUAGGCACCGAGGACGCUGACAAGAUCCGGUGCAAGCAUUUGGGCAUAGAUGUUUCCUGGCUAAAUUUGGAAGGUGGAGGCGCCUAUCGUGUGGACGAAGUGCUGCGAGGGGACGUUUGGGACAAAGAGUGUUGCGGCCCUGCUGCAAGGCCUGGUGUGGGCAUCACGGAAGGGGCCCUGAUCCUGGCUGUGAACCGCAUGAGGGUAGUGGAAGAUGUGUCAAUUUCGCAGAUGCUUGCCGACACGUCUGCAGAAGUAUUCCUGACUUAUGUGCCUGCUCAAGAAGUUCCCUCGUUUGCCAAACUACAGAAAACUUUUGCACAGCAUGGUGGUGCCGAUGGCCUCAGACGGCUUCGCAGGCAGUCGCAUGCCGCUAAGACACACAAAAAACAUGGUCAGGCCGCGAUUAGUGGGAGGACAGUUGAGAAAGGCCGUCCUCGCAGGAAUCGCGACGGCAGAGCAAGUGGCAAAGCAGAUGACUUUGAGAGAGAGCUUGCGGCUCUCUUCAAAAAUCUGGAGAUUUCCACAGAGCAGGUCUGUCGAACAGCUCGCAUUCGUACGGCAGGAGCGAAUACCAUGCGCAAUGUUCGCAUGAGAGACCUGGUUGAAGCAAGACGCCGCAAUGUUCACGAGUCAACACACGGCCGGGUCGGCUACCUCUAUGUCCCUGAUACCACUCGCUUGGGCUUCGCGGAGUUCUAUCGCUGCUUUGCUCAAGAAGCCAGUCGAGAUGCCUUGAUCAUUGAUCUGCGCUGCAACAAGGGAGGCUUCGCAUCGGAGCUCUUCUUGAAGCAGCUGCAAUGCGGUUUUCUCGGCUGGACGGUUCCUCGCCCUGGUCGCAUGCCGACACGCUGUCCAGAACUCUGCACCAGCGGAAAGCUUGUGCUUCUCGUUGAUGAAAACACCUGCUCAGAUGGAGAAGCAUGCGCCGAAGCAUUUCGACGAUUCAAGCUGGGAGUUGUUGUGGGCGUGAGGACAUGGGGAGGUGUCACAUCAGUUGGUGCUAGUGAUCUUGACCUUCUGGACGGGAGCCAGCUUGUCCUGCCAGAUUCUCAUUAUUUCAUCCCUGGACCGACAGGGUAUGGUCUCGAGAAUUGGGGCGUGAUGCCGGACAUCCUGUCAGAGUGGCCACCUGGCGGCCCUGCGGGUGCCGACCCGCAGCUAGCUGAAGGCAUAGCUCAGGCAAUGCAGCAGCUGCCUGCAGACUGUGGCCGCCCCAAGUUGCCAAGCUUCCCUCGAACGCGACUUCAUCGGCGAGGCUAA